CGGCUGCUCAAGCGCAGGGUCUCAUCUUCCUUCCACUGCUCACUCUCAAUCCCGCUAGGGAACGAACUCGAACAAGGCUUGUCGUCGUAUUCCAUGCUUUCAUAUGAGCCCGUGCGCCGUACGUUUGGCAAUACACGAAUCAUGUGGCCCUCCCGCUCGUUCAAUGCGCGUCCAACAUCAAGCCCGAUCCUCGUCUCGCCUCUUCAUAUGAAUCAGCAGCAUCCGGCCAGGACCAAGACACGCCAGCAACGCUCUCCCGUCAAGCCGAAGCAUACAAUUCAAGCAUCCCUCAUACAGUCCAAGCCGCCUUCAUCUCAUCGCACCCUCGCCCCACCUCGCCUCCUGCCAGCCUCACCUUCCGCCAAUACUACGUACACUCAGAUCGUACGCUCAAACGCUCUCGACGUCAUGUUGUCGGUGCGGGCAUCCUCCACGCUGGCACGAAACCCCUCAACUCGCCCUCAUCGCGUGCGCCGAACCAAUCUCACCCGUCGACCUCAUAGCAUGAACCCCUACGCGGCACAUAUACUUUCUCCGAGCCCCUACACGGCGCGUCGAUCCGCUCCGACCCCCUACGCGACGCAAGUAUUCACGUCAACUUCGACCUGAAGCGAUGACAUCCUUCCACCCACGCGCGAUGCAAUCAUUCCCCUCGCGGAGGUAUUGGUUAUACCCCUACUGCGCCUGAUGCCAGAGCAUCGAUAGCCUGUAGAGCAAUAACCUCGACACCCAACGUCAAAGCCAAUUCGUCCAAUCCACCGAGAGGUUUCCGACUGCCGACCAUAU